AUGAGCGUUAUCAACUACUACUCUUUACAGCCAGCUUUCUGUCAUGCACUGUGCAACCUAGUUCAGUGUGUAUUCAAUACACCGGAACCGUGGACCGAGGCUUCAGACUCGCGGACUAUUGGACGUCAAACUGGACACCAUACACUUGAAGAAACAUAUAAGAACGCUUGUUACGUGAACGGUAAGCCAGAUUUCAAUGUGACAAUGUUGGGUUUUACGGGGGGCUAA